AUGGCUUACUCUUUAGAUAUUAAAACUUGUUUUCUUCGUAUGGGAAAUGACUCUAUUGAAAAUGCAAAUCCUAUGAAUAUUAACAAUAACUAUAGAAAAGUUUUACAUUAUGCGAUGGAGUGUUUGGAAUAUACAAAACCUGUAGAAGGCUUUGGUGAUGCUGUUGCUUAUACUACAAGACCAUGGGUUCUCCUCUUUUGUUCAUCAAGAAAACCCAUUGAAACUGCUAUUUCUCAUAUCUUUAUUGAAAACAAAGGUGAUGGACCUAACAAAAGAAUAUUACUUCAAGAUAUCCGUUUAUGUUAUGUGAAAAACAUACAUGAAUUACGUGCCAUACUAGCAAGUAUUCACCUGUCACCAAAUUCUGAAACGAAAACUGAUAUAAUAUCAUGGAUUCAUCAAGAAAAACAAGGACAGCCUCCCUCAUUCGUUUGUGUAAUGGAUUUAUUAGAAUUACUAUUGGGUAGCGAUGGGACCUUUGAUCCUGAUAUUCCUUCUAAUGAUCGGCAUCUAUAUAUCAGGUUUGAUCAGUUAGCAAAUAUUUUGGCUUUAUUGACAGAAACUUGUAGUUACUUGGAUAAUCAAGCUAAAAUAUGGGAACAACCUUUUGGACAUUCAACAAGGUUAACAACACUUUUGGUUACUGAUAAUGGUUGCUUACUCUCUUUACCUGAAGGACAACAAAAAGGAAAACUCAGUCAACCCAACAACAAUGGAAAGGUGCUCGAGACUCUUUAUCAAAUCAUCGUGUACUACCUCGGCAACAUCGUUUGA